AUGAGGAGCACAAGCAAAAAUAAAUCUUUGGAACCAGUUAUUGAAACAAACGACGAAUUCUGUUUAUCUCAAAUUUGGGUUACAACCGAUACCGGCAACGAUGUCAAUUCUAUUGAAGCAGGAUGGCAAGUACACCCAUACAUCUUCGAUGACAAUCAUACCAGAUUUUUUAUAUACUGGACUACGGAUGGAUACAUGAACACAGGUUGCUAUAACCUCAUAUGUAAUGGUUUCGUGCACGUAUCGUCAAAUAUUGCCCUUGGCUGCGCUUUUAGUGAGAUGUCUACUUUUAAUGCUAACCAAAAAGAUGCCACCUUCAAUAUUCACGAGGAUCAAAGUAGUGGGAACUGGUGGGUACAAUUACAAGGUAUUCCGGUCGGUUACUAUCCAAGUUCUCUCUUUACAAAAUUAUCAAAAACGGCAACGAGUGUAGUUUGGGGUGGAGAAAUCACUAAUUUCAAAAGUAAAGAAAGACAUACUUCGACUCAAAUAGGUAGCGGCCAUUUUCCUUCGGAAGGUGGUUUGAAAAUAUCAAGUUAUUUUAAUCGGGUUCAAUUGGUCGAUGAAAAUAACAUGGCGAGACACCCUGAAAAUGUUGAGAAACGAGUUACGAAUCCAGACAGUUAUGAUUUGAGGAUUGACAACAACAACUAUGAUACUAAUGGUUAUUGUUUUUAUUAUGGAGGUCCCGGGUAUAAUGAUAAAUGUCAAUGA